GCUGCCAACCUGGGGGUAUUCGGGCUGCGCCAGCUUUAGACGCGACACGGUGGCUUCGAGUGUUCUUGGAAAUCCAGCGAGUGGAGUAUGGGUUUCUGCAUGCAUUCAGGGUCGGCAGGACCGCUCCGCGUAAGGACAUAGAGUGGAACUUAGAGUUUGCCGCAAAAAGCAGUCUGUGUAACACAAGGGAAUUAAAACCGACUCCUACAUCGGGAAUAAUAGAGAAAGAGGCGCCUAAAUCGAUCCCGUGUGGUUGGGUUCCUGCACAUUGUGUGCGCUGUUUGUGGAUGCAUGACAACAAUGGACUGUCACGCUUUUGAGCGAUUUCACAUCUUCACGUUAUUUCCAUCGGAUAGACGCCAAUAAAGGCUACCCAGUGGCAACACAUUCUUGUUUGGAAAUAAUUUUCUCGCGGUUUGCUGGUGACACGCUGCGCUGGGCGCACGUCGAUCGGGGGUAUUCAGAAAAUGCCAGUACGAAACAGAUACAACCUGGUGGACGAUGUUGGGGAUUCGCGUGUUCCUCUACACAACGAGGAAGCAUACCAACAUGGGAUCAGUUUCCAAGCAAAGUACGUGGGCAGCCUGGACGUGCCGAGGCCCAACAGCCGAAUGGAGAUUGUGGCGGCAAUGAGGAGGAUCAGGUAUGAGUUCAAGGCAAAGAACAUCAAGAAGAAGAAAGUGAGCAUCAUGGUCUCUGUAGACGGGGUGAAGGUGGUCCUGAGGAAGAAGCAGAAGAGGAAAGAGUGGACUUGGGAUGAGAGUAAGAUGCUGGUGAUGCAUGACCCCAUAUACAGGAUUUUCUACGUCUCCCACGACUCUCAGGACCUGAAGAUCUUCAGCUAUAUUGCCCGCGAUGGCUCCAGCAACUCCUUCCGAUGCAACGUCUUCAAGUCCAAGAAGAAGACCCAGGCCAUGCGCAUUGUGCGGACGGUGGGCCAGGCGUUCGAGGUGUGUCACAAGCUUAGCCUCCAGCACGCGCAGCAGAAUGCAGAUGGACAGGCGGACGGUGAGAGUGACAAGUCUGUGGAGGAGCAGCUGACCGACGGCCGCCAGCUGACGGGGGCGGAGCGAGAUGAAGGGGGCAGGGCAGAGGCGGAGUCCCAGGCAGGGACACUGUGCGAGCAGGCAGUCAGCGAGAUUCUCCAGAGCCUGGCGGAGCUGAAUGUGGUCAAGCCCAGCCACAUCCAGGACCUGGAGAAGUGUUCCCUCUACACAGUGUCACAGCGCACCCUCUCUCCAGUCAGCCCCUGCUCCCCCACGCUCACCCCACUGGCUGCUCAGCACCACCUGCAGCUCCUCCAGCACCAGCUGCACCAGCAGCAGCAGCAGACGCAGGUGGCUGUAGCGCAGGUGCAGCUCCUUAAGGACCAGAUGUCAGCCGAGACCGCAGCUCGGAUUGAGGCCCAGGCCCGAGUGCACCAACUGCUCCUCCAGAACCGGGACCUGCUCCAGCAUGUGGCUGUGCUGGUCAAACAGCUGAAAGACCUGGAGGCCAAAGUACACGGUGCUAGCCAGAAUCUGCAGGAGUCCACAUGGAGCUCUGUGUCCACCCAGUCUCUCUCCCUCAACCUGAAGAACCACUACAGCCAAGCAAAGGACCCCCCCGUCACCUCCACCCCUGCGGGGCUCCCCGGGGAUGCCCCCGCACCCGCCGGCCAGGUGGACUGCGCGGAGUCCUACCUCAACCUUCUCAACCUGGAGAAUGGGGCCAAACAGAAGGGAGCUGAUGAGAAGACGGGGAACAGGAGAAGCGCAGAAGGGUCAGAUGUUUUGGGGAACGAGGUCACCAGGGUUGACACCCAGAUGCUCCGAAAGGUGGAUGAGCGGUUUCAGCAGAUUAUACCCAAGCUCAUCCCCCCUCCCCCAUCCACGAACCGCAAGCGACCGAACAGAACACUGUCUCCAGGGCAGGAGUCAGACUCCAGGCCGACGCCGCUGACCACACCCACUGAGGCGAAUGGGCUGGCGAGCCUAGGCAACAGCACAUCCUUCCCGGACAUCACGCCCUGCUCCUUCUCCUCUUGCGACUUCCUGACCCUCAGCAAUGGCGAGAGCGGCUCCUGCUCGGCCAGCGAGGACUCCGGUGUGCGUUCCGAGGAGAAGUCCCUCCUCUCACCUCAGCGGGACGACCCAUUCGAGGAUGCCGGCACCCUGCUCUCUGCCUCCAGCAGCUGCAGCAGCCACCUGGAGGACAGAGGCAACCCUGCCCCCUUGCUCCUCCCAAGCCCUGUCAGGAACUAUGAAGGCUACAACCACACCCUGCCCUUCUCCUCCCCCGUCAACGAAACCUGCCUCCACAUCAGUUUCUCCGAGGACGAGUUGCUGGACACCAGCACGGAGGACUCCAGCAUCCCACAGCGCAGCUAGGGGGACUGGCAGGGGCUGAUAAUACAGACCCAGGUUUUCCUUGCCGCUUCCACUCCUGCCCAGGCUACACCUUGGCUCCCACUGACAUAAUAAACAAGGAACAAGGGAUAAGCUUAAUAAAACUCAACACCCCCAUGAUAAGCUUAA